AUGGCGCUCACACCGGAGCAGGUAGAGGCGUUUCACAGAGACGGAUAUCUCCUCUUGGAGAGCUUUCUCUCUCACUCUCAGUGCGACGCUCUCCUAAAGCGUACCUACGACAUCAUAGCGGAGGCGGACUUGAACCUACAUCCUACGACCACCUUCAGCACACGCCGAGACGAGGAGUCCCAGCACGUGAAGACGGACUACUUCAUCAACAGCGGGGACAAAAUCCGAUUCUUCUUCGAGGAAGGGGCGCUGGACGGGGAAGGAAAGCUGAAGGGAGCCGUGGAUAAGUCGCUCAACAAAAUAGGCCAUGCUCUGCACGCGUUGGAGCCAGAAUUCCAAAAGGUCGCCCUGGGAGAACGGAUGGGCGAGCUUGCCAGGUCGCUGGACCUGCAGAAACCGGCUGUGGUCCAGAGCAUGGUGAUAUUCAAGCAGCCUCACUUUGGUGGGGAGGUAAACACCCACCAAGACUCCACGUUUCUCUACACUAGCCCCAUGAGACUCUACGGAGUGUGGAUAGCCCUGGAGGACGCUGACCUAGAGAACGGAUGUCUCUGGUUUGCUCCAGGCACUCACACAACAGGGAUCGGCCGCCGCAUGCUGAGAACAGUGAAAGACGGACGUAUCGAGCUCAAAUUCGAGGGAGAGGAUCCAAGGAUAGAUCCACAGAGAUUUGUGCCUGUCCCAGUCAAGAAGGGAGGCAUGGUGCUCAUCCAUGGAGAGGUUGUUCACAAGAGCGAAGAGAACAAGUCCAAACGAUCGCGGAAUAUCUUCACGUUUCAUAUGUACGAUGCCGGGAGGUCAGAGUGGAGCAAAGACAACUGGCUCCAGCCGACUGAACAACUCCCAUUCCCACACAUAUACUAA